AUGGCAAAGUCUCAUGUCUCUCCUUUGAAAUCAAUCACAAUACCUCGCCUCGAGCUGACGGCAGCCUUGGUAUCAGUAAGAGUCAGUACCAUGUUGCACAAAGAGCUAGAUUAUCACAAGACCGUGGACGUAUACUGGACCGAUAGUAAGGUGGUGCUCGGUUACCUCAAUAACGAUUCUCGACGAUUCCAUGUUUUCGUCGCUAACAGAGUCCAGCAGAUUCGUGAUGAAACGUCUCCUGAGCAGUGGCGAUAUGUCAAAAGUAAAGAAAACCCAGCAGACGAAGCCUCUAGAGGCGUAACUACUCCAGAAUUUCUUGAUAGCGAACAUUGGUUUUCUGGUCCGUCAUUCCUCCAGAACCCUCAACUCGACCUGGCUGAUGCCGUCGAACACCCGCUGUUGCAAGACGAUCCCGAAGUCAAGAGAACAGUUUUUGCCACCCGAGCGUCGAUAACCAAUUUCCUAACGAUCUCUGAGCGUCUGGAGUACUUCUACGAAUGGCAUCGUGCCAAGAGAGCCAUAGCCAUGAUUAUGAGAUGGCAACAACGAACGAAGAAUAUUCAUCAAGAUGACAAGAAUUCGCCCGAGACGAACGUACCGCAAUAUCGUCGAUCCAACGUUAAGGAACUUUAUCAAGCUGAACUAGCCAUCGUAAGGGCAGUGCAAGAGACCUCAUUCUCAAAAGAAAUUCAACUAUUGUGCAAUAUGGAAGAGAACAGUUCUAAGAUAGAGAUUGCAUCCGACAACGUAAGACUGUUAUGA